AUGGUCACCACCAAACGUUUGCUUUUCUUCACAAACAGUGACUAUGGCCAAGCCAACGUCGUACUUGCAACGGCACAUGCAAUAGGUCUUGAGAACCCAGAUGUCGAGAUACACAUCGCUUCGUUCCAAGAAUUGGAGACUGGUGUCGACAAUGCUUCCAGAUUCAUGCAAGCGUCAGCAUCGCAACAGAAGCUACCAACCCCAAAAUCCUUCAUCUUCCACAAAAUUGAGGGAAUUAGUUGGGGACCGGCUACGAAACGUCCUGGAACGGCAAUCUUCGAUACAUUGGAGUUGACUCCAGGAUUUGUGAACUCCGCUAAAGGUGUGGCUACUUUGCCUGCUGUCAUGGUUCCUUGGACUCCGGAGGAGUACAUGGAGAUUUAUUGGGAUACACAAAGAAUCUACGAUGAAGUCAAUCCAGAUUUGACUAUUGUUGAACCUUUGUAUACACACGGAUUGACAUUCUGCCAUUACCGAGGUGUAAGGUGGAUGGUCCUUUCUCCAAACACGAUUAAGGAGUUUGCAGUUCCUUUGCAACCAAAGUUGGCUGCGCUAUGGAAAUAUCCGAUGGCUUGCUCGGCACUGCCGUAUCCCAUACCUUGGAGUCUUAUCCCAACAAACAUCGCUUUCAGCUUCGUGGCCGGCUACAACCUGCUCACAAACACACGCUUGAAGCAUACAACCAAUAUUCUACACGAAAAAGUGAAUCCUUCCAUUCAGCUUAUGACUAUGAUGGAACUCGGCGUCCUGAGACCGGCACCAGAAAACCUCCCCAUUCUUGUGGCGAACAGUCCCGAUAUUGACUACCCAUUUACUGUGAUACCUCCGCAACUCACAUCGUGCGGUCCCAUUGUACGCGCAGCACCGCAUAUUAGAGAGGCUGACCCGGGUUUGGCUGUAUGGCUCAGUCGAGGACCAACAAUUUAUAUCAACUUGGGCACACACCACAAGUCAAAUCUAGAUGAAGCACAUGAAAUGGCCAAGGCUUUGAAAAUGGUUCUUGAGAAGGGCGACGCACAGGGGCCUAAAGAGAGACCGCUGCAGAUUCUAUGGAAGUUGGGAAGAACACCAGAUAAGGAAGGAAACAUUUCGCAACGAGACUCGUAUAUCGGCGAGUGGGCUUUGGUGAUUGACAUGCUACAAGGUUACAUCAAACAGAAUAGGGUGCGCGUUACAGAUUGGCUUGUUGCUGAACCAAAGUCUGUGAUUGAAUCGAAAAGCAUUGUGUGUUUCGUCAACCAUGGUGGAGCGAACUCCUUCCAUGAAGGUCUAUGUGCCGGUAUUCCGCAGGUGCUCUUGCCCGCUUGGACAGAUUGCUAUGAUUUUGCCAACCGAGUUGAGCUUCUCGGUGUUGGUCGUUGGGGGAACAAGAAAGCGAAGCCACGAUGGCAAGAAGAUGAACUAUCCAACGCUAUUAUGGACACAAUUUUCGGAUCGGAAUCGGUCAAGAUACAGAAGGCGGCUGAGGAGGUUGCUGUUCGUCAUCCAGAGUGGGAAGGUCGACAGAAGGCUGCCAAGGAGAUACUCAACUACUUAGAUAGCAUGCGCUGA